AUGUUUUCUAAAAUUUUGCAAAUUAGCUUACUGGAGGACUUCCCACCAAAGGAGAAUCCUGGUCCAACUUUGAAAGAUAAUGAGUCCCAAUUGAAAGAAGAUGAACAACCUGCCAAAGUUAUACAAGAAAGCUUGAAUUUUGAAUCUCCAUCCCGAGACAGAAAUGCUAAUAUUUAUCAACCUAUACCUUUUCUCUAUUCAACAGGGUUUAGGAUAUGUGUUGGCUGUAACAUUGAGAUUGGUUAUGGAAGAUUCCUGAAUUGCACGAAUGCAGUUUGGCAUCCAGAAUGUUUCAGAUGCCAUGUCUGCAAACAACCAAUUUGCGAUUAUGAGUUUUCUAUGUCUGGGAAUUAUCCUUAUCACAAUUCUUUCGACAAGGACCACUGUCACCCAAAAUGUGACGUCUGCAAGCAUUUUAUAUUAACAAAUGCUGCUGGGUUAAUUGAAUAUGGAGCGCAUCCUUUCUGGGUCCAGAAGUAUUAUCCUUUUCUUGCGUAUGAUGGGACUCCUCAGUGCUGUAGCUGUGAGCGAAUGGAGCCAAGGGAAACAAGAUAUGUUGCCCUAGAUGAUGGUCGAAAGCUUUGCCUAGAGUGUCUCGACUCGGCAAUAAUGGUUACUAAUAAUUGUCAGCUCCUUUAUCUUGAAAUAUAA